AUGGCAGAAUCUAGAUUGUGUGUCGUAAAACGCUGCACUAUGGCCGAUGUUACGCAGUUCAUGGGUGGCGGUGAGAAGGCCGGCAGAUAUGUACUAUGUGGAGUGGAGGUCACGCGCGGCUCCCCUGAUAUCGCCGCCGAAAUGGCCGCCAGGGAGGCCAAGGCGCCCAGCAUUCAGCACAUCGACUUCUUACAACUCCCCAAAGCGGACACCAGCACGGUCAAACUCGCUGGAAAACUGCUGCAGUCAAAAUGCAGAAUCGAUGGUAGAGGUGUCAACCAACGGAGAUCUCUUCGCAUUAAGAAAUACGUGAAGCCUGGACACGUGUAUCUCUCACUAGGAAACACCGAUGUCUUUGUGGCAAUCAACGGUGAAAUAUCCGAGCCUAACCUGGAAAGGCCAAAUGAAGGAACUCUCGCAUUUUACGUGGAAGUGGCGCCAAUGUGCUCACAAGUAUACGAGCCGGGAAGACAAACGGAGCACGAGGAGCAACUAUUGCAAAUACUAGAAAAGGCGUUCAAGGAUUCCGGUGCUGUUGACGUAGAAUCUCUAUGCAUAGUAGCAGGAAGAUACGUGUGGUCUCUCAGGAUUGACGUGCACGUUCAACAAAAUGAUGGGAACCUUCAAGACGCUUGCGUCCUCGCAGUUCUAGCUGCACUAAUGACAUUCAGAAAACCAGAUACUUCUGCUUCAGAUGGAGAUGCCGAUGCGAUUCAGCUUAACGCCUAUUACACCUCGCCGCUAAACUUAUAUCACAUGCCCAUACACGUUGCCGUCGGCUUGUUGGAAGAUUCAGAACAUUGUGUGGUCGAUACAAACUCUUUUGAAGAACUAUUCGUCAAGACGCAUGUAUCGCUCCUUUUCAAUCAUUUCGGGGACCUAUUUGCAAUACAGAAGCACGGUGGGGGUGGCAUAACACUGGAAAGGAUUGACCAAGCUAUCAAAGUUGGGAGAGAAGCCGCAGUUGACAUGUACAAGACCGUGGCAGCACGGUUGUCAAAAAAACAUACGUAA